CUCCCGGGUCCCGGCCGGCGCCCCUAGCAGUGCCCUGGCCGCAGAGACGCCGCUGCCGCCCGAUGAAUGGAGUCGCCUUCUGCCUGGUCGGGAUCCCGCCCCGCCCGGAGCCCCGGCCCCCUCAGCUGCCACUGGGCCCCAGAGAUGGCUGCUCUCCUGGGCGCCCCCUCCCCUGGCAGGGCCCGAGGACGCUGCUGCUGCACAAAAGCCUCCAGGACGGUUUUGGCUUCACGCUGCGCCAUUUCAUCGUGUACCCGCCUGAGUCCGCCGUGCACUGCAGCCUGAAGGAGGAAGAAAAUGGAGGCCGAGGAGGAGGACCCUCCCCCCGGCACCGCCUGGAGCCCAUGGACACCAUCUUUGUCAAGAAUGUGAAGGACGAUGGCCCUGCCCAUAGGGCGGGGCUUCGCACAGGUGACCGACUGGUGAAAGUGAAUGGGGAGAGCGUCAUUGGGAAGACCUACUCCCAGGUCAUAGCUCUGAUCCAGAAUAGCGAUGAUACUCUGGAACUCUCCAUCAUGCCCAAGGACGAGGACAUCCUCCAGCUGGCCUACUCCCAGGACGCCUACCUGAAGGGGAACGAGCCAUAUUCUGGAGAGGCCCGAAGCAUCCCAGAGCCACCCCCGAUCUGCUACCCCCGAAAGACCUACGCCCCACCAGCCCGGGUCUCCACCUGGGCCACUAUGGUGCCUGAGCCACUCUCAGCCCUGCCCAGUGACCCCCGGAGUCCUGCUGCCUGGAGUGACCCGGGGCCCCGCAUCCCAUCUGCCACCCGCACCCGUCUGGACAGCCCUUCCUUGGGGAUGAGCCAGCCCCGACCCAGCCCUGGUGCCUUCCCCCGCCUCCCUUCGGAGCCCCGGACGCCUCGUGCCUUCCCGGAGCCUGGCAGCCGGGCGCCUCCCAGCAGACUGGAGUGCCAGCAGGCUUUGUCACACUGGCUGUCGAACCAGGUACCCCGCAGGGCGGGGGAGAGACGGUGCCCUGCCAUGCCUCCUCGGGCUCGCAGUGCCUCCCAGGACCGGCUGGAGGAUGUGACUGCCCACCGCCCGUGGCCCUGCUCCACCUCCCAGGGUGCCUUGAGCCAGCUGGGCCAGGAGGGCUGGCACCGCGCUCGCUCGGAUGACUACCUGAGCCGGGCCACCCGCUCAGCCGAGGCGCUGGGGCCAGGGGCACUGGUGUCACCCCGCUUGGAGCGCUGCGGCUGGGCUUCCCAGCGUCCUUCUGCCCGCACCCCCGCCUGCCCACCCAGGGACCUGCCCGGGCCCCAGGCCCCACCCCCGCCUGGCCUGCAGGGCCUGGACGAUAUCGGGUACAUCGGGUACCGGAGCUACAGCCCAUCAUUCCAGCGCCGGACUGGCCUCCUGCAUGCACUGUCCUUCCGGGACUCACCCUUUGGGGGGCUGCCCACCUUCAACUUGGCCCAGUCCCCGGCCCCGUUCCCACCGGAGGCCUCUGAACCACCAAGGGCCGUCCGGCCAGAGCCCAGCCCCCGGGCCCUGGAGCCUCCCGUCGAGGAUCGCCGUGACGAAGUGGUCCUGAGGCAGAAGCCGCCGACGGGCCGCAAGGUCCAGCUGCCCCCUGCAAGACAGAUGAACCUUGGGUUUGGUGACGAGUCCCCAGAGCCAGAGGCCAGUGGGCGAGGGGAACGCCUGGGCAGGAAGGUGGCCCCUUUGGCCGCUACCGAAGACUCUUUGGCUUCCAUUCCCUUCAUUGACGAGCCCACCAGCCCCAGCAUCGACCUCCAAGCCAAGCAUGUCCCUGCUUCUGCUGUGGUCUCCAGCGCCAUGAACUCAGCCCCCGUCCUGGGCACCAGCCCAUCCUCCCCAACCUUCACCUUUGCCCUCGGCCGCCAUUACUCCCAGGACUGCAGCAGCAUCAAGGCCGGCCGCCGCUCCUCCUACCUGCUGGCCAUCACCACGGAGCGCUCCAAGUCCUGCGACGACGGGCUCAACACCUUCCGGGACGAGGGCCGGGCUCUGCGGCGCCUGCCGAACCGCGUACCCAGCCUGCGGAUGCUUCGAAGCUUCUUCACUGAUGGGUCCUUGGACAGCUGGGGUACUUCUGAAGAUGCUGAUGCUCCUUCCAAGCGACACUCCACCUCUGACCUCUCAGAUGCCCCCUUCAGCGAUAUCAGGAGAGAAGGCUGGUUGUAUUAUAAGCAGGUCCUCACCAAGAAGGGGAAGAAAGCGGGCGGCGGCCUGCGCCAGUGGAAGCGGGUGUACGCCGCGCUGCGGGCGCGCUCCCUCUCGCUGAGCAAGGAGCGGCGGGAGCCCGGGCCGGCGGCGGCGGCGGGGGCGGCGGCGGCCGUCGCAGGUGAGGACGAGGCGGCGCCCGUCUGCAUCGGCUCCUGCCUGGUGGACAUCUCCUACAGCGAGACCAAGAGGAGGCACGUGUUCCGGCUGACCACCGCUGACUUCUGUGAAUAUCUCUUUCAGGCUGAGGACCGGGAUGACAUGCUGGGCUGGAUCAGAGCGAUCCGGGAGAACAGCAGGGCCGAGGGCGAGGACCCCGGCUGUGCCAACCAAGCUCUGAUCAGCAAGAAGCUUAAUGAUUACCGCAAAGUGAGCCAUAGCUCUGGGCCCAAAGCCGAUGCCUCCCCAAAAGGCUCUCGUGGCCUGGGGGGCCUCAAGUCUGAGUUCCUCAAACAGAGUACGGCACGAGGCCUCAGGACUCAGGACCAGCCUGCAGGGAGCAAGGAUGACAGUGCCGCCACCCCCAAAACCCCCUGGGGCAUCAACAUCAUCAAGAAGAACAAGAAGGCAGCGCCCAGGGCAUUUGGGGUCCGGCUGGAGGAGUGCCAGCCAGCCACGGAGAACCAGCGUGUCCCCCUGAUCGUGGCUGCGUGCUGUCGUAUCGUGGAGGCACGGGGGCUGGAGUCCACGGGCAUUUACCGAGUGCCAGGCAAUAAUGCAGUGGUGUCCAGCCUGCAGGAGCAGCUCAACCGUGGCCCCGGUGACAUCAACCUGCAGGACGAGCGCUGGCAAGACCUCAACGUGAUCAGCAGCCUGCUCAAGUCCUUCUUCCGAAAACUACCUGAGCCGCUGUUCACCGAUGACAAAUACAACGACUUCAUCGAGGCCAAUCGAAUCGAAGACUCGAGGGAGCGGAUGAAGACGCUGCGGAAACUGAUCCGGGAUCUCCCAGGACACUACUAUGAGACCCUCAAAUUCCUCGUGGGCCAUCUGAAGACGAUUGCCGACCACUCGGAGAAAAACAAGAUGGAGCCCCGGAACCUGGCCCUGGUCUUCGGGCCAACGCUGGUGAGGACAUCCGAGGACAAUAUGGCAGACAUGGUGACCCACAUGCCUGACCGCUACAAGAUUGUGGAGACGCUGAUCCAGCACUCAGACUGGUUCUUCAGUGACAACGAGGACAAGGGAGAGAGAACCCCUGUGGACGACAAGGAGCCCCAGUCAGUGCCAAACAUCGAGUACCUCCUGCCUAACAUUGGCAGGACAGUGCCCCCUGGGGACCCAGGUUCAGAUUCCACCACCUGUAGUUCAGCCAAGUCCAAGGGCUCGUGGGCCCCCAAGAAGGAGCCGUACGCCCGGGAGAUGCUGGCGAUCUCCUUCAUCUCGGCGGUCAACCGCAAGCGGAAGAAGCGGCGGGAGGCGCGGGGGCUGGGCAGCAGCACGGACGACGACUCGGAGCAGGAGGCGCACAAGCCCGAGGAAGGGGCGCCGGCACCGGGGGCUCAGGACCGGCCGAAGGGGCAGCUGCCGGGCGCCGCCCUCCCCGGCCCCGGGCGCCUCAGCCCCCCGGCGGCGCCGGAGGAGCGGCCGGCCGCGGACACGCGCUCCAUCGUCUCGGGCUACUCCACCCUGUCCACCAUGGACCGCAGCGUUUGCUCGGGCGCGGAGGGCCGGCGGCCGGGCGCGGGGGACGAGGCGGACGACGAGCGCAGCGAGCUGAGCCACGUGGAGACGGACACGGAGGGCGGCGCGGGGCCCGGGGGACGCCCGGCGCGCCGGCCCUCGUUCAGCUCGCACCAUCUGAUGCCCGGCGACACCCUGGCGCGGCGCCGCCUGGCCCGGAGCCGCGCGGACGGCGAGGGCGCGGCCGCGGGGCUGCCGGGCUCGGCCUCGUCCAGCAGCCAGGAGUCGCUGCGCCCCCCGGCGGCCGUGGCGGCGGCGGCGGCGGCGGCGCUGGGCUCUCGGCCCUCGCGCCUCGAGGCGCUGCGGCUGCGCCUCCGCGGCACCGCCGAUGACAUGCUGGCCGUGCGGCUGCGGCGGCCGCUGUCGCCCGAGACGCGGCGGCGCCGGAGCAGCUGGCGCCGCCACACGGUGGUGGUGCAGAGCCCGCUGACCGACCUCAACUUCAACGAGUGGAAGGAGCUGGGCGGGGGGCCCCCGGAGCCCGCGGGCCCGCGGGCGCACAGUGACAACAAGGACUCGGGCCUCAGCAGCCUGGAGUCCACCAAGGCGCGGGCCCCGUCGUCCGCCGCCUCGCUGCCGCCCGCGCGGGACCCGGGGAGCCUGCAGAGCCAGCCCCCGCGCCGCUCGGCCGCCUCCCGCCUCCAUCAGUGUCUGUGAGCCUUUCUCUCCCCCGCACCUUCCCAGCACCGUUCAACCCACCCCAAGCCCCUUGGUUUCCCAGGAGUCGCCUCUGCUCGCACCCCCUUUCGGUUGCCGGUGGGUGCAUGGGGUGCAAGUGAGAGGCGCUGAGACCUCGUCUCCA